UGAGUCAGUGUGUCUCCACCCCUUGUGUCCCCCCGCACCUCCCCUCCCCGCACUUCUCCUCCGCCGGCCGGAGCUGCGGCAGCAUCAUGCAGAGUCCCGCAGGUGCUCUGUGCCGCCCUCUUGUGCCCCCCUGCUGUAGUGCACCUAUGUCUGUGCCAGGAGGCAGAAGGUCUUCUAUUGGCUCACGAAGAAGAACAUCUCCUCCAGUCUCAAUGAGGGAACCAUAUGGCACAUCCUCAGUCAGCAGUAGCACUUCUGGGUCCUAUAAAGGAAGUGACAGCAGUCCUUCAUUCAGGCGCUCAAACAAAUAUAGUCUGUGCAGUGAAAACCAUGGGAUUAAGCCACCCACCCCAGAACAGUACCUCACCCCCUUGCAGCAGAAAGAAGUCUGCAUACGACACCUGCGUGCCAGGCUGAAAGAUAUGCAGGACGCUCUACAAGAGAGAGACUUGGAGGUUGAUGAGCUGAAGUCCCAACUCAGCCGGAUGCAGGAAGAUUGGAUAGAGGAAGAGUGUCAUCGGGUAGAGGCACAGCUGGCAUUGAAAACUGCACAAAGAGAGAUCCAGCAGCUCCGUGAGGUUAUGGAAGAUGUGCGUGGGCGGUUGGGAGAGGGUGACAUGGGAGUCCAGAAAUACUUUGCUGACAUUAACCUGCAGAACCGCAAGUUGGAAACCCUGUUGCAGAACAUGGAGCUGGCACAUGAUGGAACGGCACAGGGUGCCGAAGGAGGGGGCUCCACUGGGGCGCCAGCCCGCUCCCUUACACGUAGCUCAACUUACACCAAACUGAGUGAGGCUCCUGUUGGAGAUCACCACUCUCAGGACACUGGGGAUAGCGGUUAUGCUGCUCCUGAUGACAGCAGUGCUGUUUCUUCUGGUACAGAGUUUGCCUUGGGGGAAGGUCCCUUGUGUCUUGCUGUACAGCCCCCACCAUUGUGUGCAGAAGCUGGUGUUCAGGCUAGCAGUGUGAGUGAUUGUGGCGUGCAGACAGACUAUGCCCCUGGCACCCCUGAGCCAGAUGCAAUCAUAGAGAAGGUGCUCCAGUCACAAGCAGCUUGCAGUCCCACGGCAAAGGAUGACACAGAUGCAGAAGCUGCCAGUCUUGAUCCAAGUUGUGUGGUGCUGGUCACAGAUGGAGUCUCUGGGGCAGAAACUGGAGGAGUAGAGAGGCCUGAUGCUCCACUAAGCUACUGGAGUCGGCAUUUUGUGGUGGACCUUUUGGCUGUACUGAUACCUGUAGUACCUACCGUGGCCUGGCUAUGCCGUGCGCAGAGGCGUCCAGGUCAACCUGUAUAUAAUAUCAGUUCCCUGAUGCGCGGCUGCUGCUCUGUUGCUCUGCACUCAAUCCGCAGGAUUAGUUGCCGUCCAGUCAGUGCUUCCAACAGUCAGCCCUAACACUACCUGUCUUCUGACACACCACUCAGCACUAGGACUCUGCCCCCUGGAGUCUUGUUUGUGAAUUAAUGGGAGAGAAAAGAGGUGAUGUUGUGGGGAGGUGGUACUCUGUGGUCGGUGACUGAGCAGAUUGUGUACAUUUAUAUAAUUUGUUGUGAAAGUGUUACAGACCAUGGUCACAUACUCUACCUUAGGGUUAAUGACCCAAGGACAAGGUAAAUGUCAGGAAUUGGGUGACGGCAUCUAAUCAUAGGAGACCAUGGACUAGUGACUGAUGGUGAUCCCCAUGACUCACUCCUUUGGUCCGUAGUAACUAGAGCAGAUGCAUAGACGCUGCUGAUCAGACCACACCAAUAUAGAUGUUCAGCUGUCUCUAUUCAUAUGUCACAGUUGGGCAGAUCCUAAUGACUUGUGAAGAAGUAUGUUUGUGCCAGGUUUUGUUCAUGUUCCCACUGAAGUACAUGUACACAUACAGGCACUCACCUUCUCUCAUGUAUACAUUGUAUUUUGCCAUGUAAUCCAGCACACCAUAGAGUCCAACAGAGUGAGGAUGCAGUCCAUUACCAUUGAAUGUAGUCUGUAACCAUAUAUGUUGUGUGUUGGCGAGUCCUGUGAAUAUGUAGACUGGUGCAUGCUAUGUGCUGGUUUUGUCUACACUUGUCCUAGUGUCACCUCGAUUGUCCUUGCACUUUUUCACCCACAAUGCUGUUUUUUGUGUGUGUAUGUGUAUAUAAUAUAGUUUCUCUCCUUUUUCUGCUGGUUGUUGCGGUCAUGGUCAUCCGACCUUGCAGUCUGCAGGAAAGGCGCCCUGUAGAUGCACUUUGUAUACCAGGUGUCUUGGUCCAUUUUGCAUGUGACCCAGAGCUAUGUACCCCACCUUGAAGUGUGUGCGUAUUGGGCUAAAUACUGCCUAUCCCAGAAUGAGUGCACGGUGCUCCUACCUCCCCUUUGUGUACACAAACCUCCUAAUACUGCAGUGUCAUAUCUUUGUUUUAGACGAACGAAUGCUGGGUUUUGUCACUGUGCUGUUAGAUCGUGGCUGUGUAACGGUUGUGCAGAAACUGGCACGGUGCAGGAACACGCUGCUAAGCACUGCCGUCCGCACCCAAGGGCCGAUGUCUUUUGUUAUGUAAGCCCUCUGAUGACCUAGCAUCUCUGUUAAUACAUCCCCUGCAGCAGUUCUGGUGUCUGUGCUGGUCACUCACACUGAACUGUGUUUAAUUCUCACUAGGAGGUGCGUAUGGGGAUUGUCGCAUACUCCACAGGGUCCGGGCCUAAGCUGACAUACUGUAUUUAAAGCACUUGUGAAAUCUGUUUUUUUGCACUUACCUGGUCCCCUCAAUUUCAUAAGUCUGGACCAAUGGAGUCCAUGCAUCUGGUCUUCUGACUCUGUCACUAAGCUUUUGUGGACAGGUAAAUGUAGCUGAUCUUGAAAUGAAGUCACUUCCAACAAUUCUAUAGAGAUAAUAAUAUAUAUAUAUAUAUAUAUAUAUAUAUAUAUAUAUUAUUAUUAUUAUUAUAGAAAGAGAUAUAUUUUUGAUGUUGCUUGUCAUUUGCUGUCUGUCCUGCUGAAUGUAUUAAACUGGCCUGAGCCACAUAAUGAGCCA